GGAGCCCUGCGGGCUUUAAGACCCAGAGGAGGCCUCGCUGGCCGGCUGCGCUCGCUCCGGUGUUGACGGCGGAACCACCAUCGCCACCAGCAGCAAAUCCUCCUCGGGGCUUGGCGGGAGCUGCCGGGCGAGGCGCCGCUUUCUCCUCCUCCUCCCCCCUCCAGCUCGGCAUGGCCUUCAUGGAGAAGCCGGCGGCGGGCAAAGUGCUGCUGGACGACACGGCGCCGCUGACAGCCGUGAUCGAGGCCAGCCAGAGCCUCCAUUCGCACACGGAAUACAUCAUUCGUGUGCAAAGAGGGAUUUCCAUGGAAAACAGUUGGCAGAUUAUAAGAAGAUACAGUGACUUCGAUUUGCUGAAUAAUAGUUUGCAGGUAUCUGCUCUGAGUCUACCUCUUCCUCCCAAAAAGUUGAUUGGAAAUAUGGAUCGUGAAUUCAUAGCUGAAAGACAGAAAGGACUGCAGAACUAUCUCAAUGCAAUUACUUCCAAUCACAUACUGUCCAACUGUGAAUUGGUAAAGAAAUUUUUGGAUCCAAACAAUUACUCUGUAAACUACACUGAGAUUGCCUUACAGCACGUUUCGAUGUUCUUUCGGUCAGAGCCAAAGUGGGAAGUGGUGGAACCGCUAAAGGACAUCGGGUGGAGGAUACGGAAGAAAUAUUUCUUAAUGAAGAUUAAAAAUCAACCAAAGGAGCGGCUAGCGUUGAGCUGGGCUGACCUGGGCCCUGACAAGUACCUGUCUGACAAAGAUCUUCAGUGCGCUGUGAAACUCCUUUCUUCUUGUUCUCAUCCCUAUAUUUACAAAGUCACUUUUGCAAUGGCCAAUGAAUCAUCUGCACUGGUAAUAAGACCCUUCAGUGAAAAAGGAACACUCAAAGACCUGAUAUAUAAGGCGAAGCCAAAAGAUCCGUUUCUGAAGAAGUACUGCAACCCGAAGAAAAUUCAAGGUCUUGAACUUCAGCAAAUUAAAAUGUUCGGCAGACAAAUUCUAGAGGUCUUAAAGUUCUUGCACGAAAAAGGAUUUCCAUACGGCCACCUCCAUGCUUCCAAUGUCAUGAUGGACGGGGACACAUGCAGGUUACUGGAUUUGGAGAAUUCGCUGCUGGGGCUCCCCUCCUUCUACCGGUCCUACUUCACACAGUUCCGCAAAAUUAAUACUUUAGAAAGUGUCGAUGUGCAUUGCUUUGGUCACUUGCUGUACGAAAUGACCUACGGGAGACCCCCAGACUCUGUUCCAGUGGACAGCUUCCCCCCUGCACCAUCCACGUCUGUAGUAACUGUACUGGAAUCCAUUAUUUCUCCCGAAGCCAUGAAGAACGGCAUGCCAACAGUCUCCCGGCUCUUACAAAUGCCGUUAUUCAGUGAUGUCCUUUUAACAAAUUCAGAAAAAACACAGUUUAAGAUCCCCACUAAGUUAAAAGAAGCAUUGAAGAUUGCCAAAGAAUGCAUAGAGAAAAGACUAGUAGAAGAACAGAAACAGAUUCAUCAGCACAGAAGACUGACGAGAGCCCAAUCUCAUUAUGGUUCAGAGGAAGAGAAAAAAAAGAGGAAGAUCUUAGCACGAAAAAAGUCUAAACGCUCGUCCUUUGAGAGUGGAGAGGAACAAACAAUGAAAUACAGCAACUCUAACAAUUCAGCAGGCUCUGGGGCGAGUUCACCUCUGACAUCACCUUCUUCCCCUGUUCCACCUUGCACAGCAGCAGCAGGCGCCUCGACAAUUCCUUCGCCGCCGCCGCCGCCGCCGCCAGCAGCUCCCCCUCCUCCUCCUAAUUUGGAUGUGGCAAAGCAGCCUGACCUGCGGCCUGCAAACAGCACAAGCCGGGGCGCCUUACUCAGCUCCAUUCAGAAUUUCCAGAAAGGAGGUCUGAAGAAAACAGAAACCUUUGACUACAGUGCUCCUAGAAUCAGCUGAAACUGUUCAUACCAACCCAGCUUGGGGUAUUCCUUGUGUUCUAGGAACAAAUCUUAAAUAACUAUUUGAUAUAGCCACUGCCUGGUGGCGUCUUGUUUUACAGCUGCUUGUUUAGAGCCAUUUCAAGCUCCUCCCCACUCCGCCCCCCUUAGCACAAUCUCUUAACUGAGUAGCAGUACCGUUUUCGGAGGGUGAAGUGUCCGGUUUAAAGGAACCUUCCUUCUUUUGGGGGGGAUCUUGUUUUGGGUAUGUUGUAUUCCUUCUAAUAGAAUAAAAAUAGCUCGACAACAGCAGUUCAUUUUCUGAGACCUGCUUCUGAAAGUUUAAAACCCCGUACAUCAAGAUUCGAUGCAUUGAAUUAGCUUUAAUUAUGCUAAACAUUCACUCAGUCUGAAAGUUAACACUGGUGAGAGAUUUAAGGCUUGGUCUCCCUUUCUUCUCUGCUCUGUAAAGUCCUGAGCAUUGCUCUUAAUACUGUUGGAAUACCUGUUAACCUAAGAUGGCUCUGCUUUAAAAGAGGAGUAAUUCAAGCAAGUAGGUUUUGUAAUGAGGUUGUGUUACACUUAAAUUGGGAGUUGCAGGGCAUUUCCAUCGAACCAAAAUUUACAGCAAUGUGAGAUGUGUUGUUGAAGUGGGUGUUAACAAAAGAGCUCCAUAAUUUAAAUGUUAGUGAAAAGAUGCCCUUCUUGAUUUGCUCAAACUCUUAAAUUGCACUUUAAAGGAUUAUCGGUAGAUUUUUAAAGUCGAGUAUACACCAGUGUUUGUUACUAUGCAGAGUGUCAUUGUGUAUAAGAUUUCAUGUAACCUAUUAUAUUAUUCAGUCAUAUUUUUAUUAAAAUAAAUGUUAAUGGAAUUUCAACAAUGCUGGGAGGGGAACACACUUUAAUGUAAAUUACCACCUCCGUGGUGAAAAAUAUGAAUGCCUUGAAGCUUUAAAAUUCCAUUUAUCUACAUGGUUUUGGCAGAGAUACUUUGCAGCACCUUCUGCCUUACAUUAAUAUGUACUAAUUUCUGAAAGAAGACAAUUCAGCCUGUAUCAAAUGUUUCCUCAAAGAAAGUCUGCUUCCAUUUUGGACUAUUUCUCAUCAGAAAGAUACUUUCCUCUCCCCUUUUUUGUUAAUGUACUUUAUUUCCAAGCCUUGUAAGUUACAAAACGAGCAGAAGCAGCAAGAGACUGUUCCUCAGACACUAGAGCUGCUAAUCGGAGCAAGCCUGAUCACCAUGUACAAUGAUACACAGAACACUUCAUCUUGCAACAAGAGUUCUUUAGAGAAUUACAAUUAUUACAAUUUAAGGCCAUCUGCAUCUCCCUUGGGAAGGAAGUACAUGCCUUGCAACAGACAACGUAGCUAUUGCUCUUCCCCUGCCAGAGGCCUAUAUCCUAUACAAAGCCAGCUAUGUAUACAAUCGCUUGCAAUAUACAUUCCACAAACUUUUUUUUUUUAAACUCCAGAAGAACAACAUCCACAUACAGCAUACACAGAACUAGAUAUUUAGCGUUUUCUUCACUGCAAGAAUUAUAUCUUUUACUUGAGGUAUGCAGUUUUCCUCCAAGAUCUUUGCAUAAGGCAUGGGAACAUCGGCCCCGGUGACACGCACAACGGGUGCGUCAAGGUGGUUGAAAGCAGGACCUGAAAGCAGAAAGGUUCAUCUCUCAAAAGCUGAAGGAAUCUCAGUCAGUACAAACUUAAGAUGGGGUGGGUAGGCAGCAUAGUCAAUGGCUGGGGUGAUACAGGUUACAGACCACACUGACAACUGC